UUAAUCUCUCUAUGUGACUCUCCACAGGUGUGCACACAUACCAGAUGAUGUGCGGCUGUGAAUGGGAUGAUGAGAAUGGAGCAACAAAUGGGUUCUGGCAGUUUGGAUAUGAUGGAGAAGACUUAGUGAAUCUGGAUUUGAAGAAUUUGAGAUAUAUUUCACCAAUGCAGCAAGGACUCAUCACCCAGCAGAAGUGGAACAAUGACAGAGCCUGGCUUGAGAGUUGCAAUCAGUACCUCAACACUGUGUGCAUUGAGUCGCUGAAGAAAUAUCUGCAGUAUGGGAAGAGCAGCCUGGAGAAAACAGUCUCUCCUCAGGUGUCUCUGUUGCAGAAGGAUUCCUCUUCUUCAGUCACGUGUCAUGCUACAGGUUUUUACCCCAGUGGAGUAACAAUCACCUGGAUGAAAGACGGAGAGGAGCAUCAUGAGGAUGUUGAACUGGGUGAACUUCUUCCCAAUGAGGACGGAACCUUCCAGAAGACGAGCACGCUCACAGUUACACCUGAUGAGUGGAAGAACAACAAGUUCAGCUGUUUGGUGGAGCACAAGGGCAUCAACAAGGAAGAGAGUGAGAUCAGGACAAAUAAUGGAAAUUCUCUUCCCAUUGGCAUCAUUGUUGGCGUUAUUGCUGCUGUCGUUCUGUUGGUUGGCAUGGCUGGCAUUGGUUAUAAGAUCUAUCAUAAGAAGAAGAAAGACUUCAAACCUGUCAGCGGAUCUGAUGAUGGUUCAAACAGUUCAGCUCCUGCAUAAAGAUGAGACAUCAGAUGUGUGAGAGGGAUGAAGUUAACCUGCUGUCAGUCUUAUCUAUAAAAUGUCUGUUUUUAUAGACAAUUAUAAAAUGUUUUUAUUAGUUUGUGGUGGGAUUGAUCUGUUUAUGAUUCUUCAUUAUGUAAAUACUUCAUUAAAUUUUUUAUGAACUUUUGAGAUGUAUAAAUAUGGCACAUUGAUCUUAGGACUUAAAUGGAAAAUGUAAAUAUUUGUCUUCAUUCACAUAAAAAAAAAUACAAAUGAUUAAUCUGCAGGUUUGAUUAGAUGUUCCUGAAAAAAGAAAUCAUUAGAAACUAGUUUAUAAAAUUAGAAACUCCCCAGUGAAAUAUUCUGUUUAAUUGUUUAUUUAAUACAAGUUAAUUUGGAUUUAUGGAUUAUGUGCCAUCAUGUAAUCUUCAUGUUUUAUGGGAUUCAUCGUCUUUUUCUGUCUGUAAUUUUCCUUAUUUUUGUUAAAUAAAUUAAUUGAUAAACAGUUCUGCAGAAUAAUAAUUGAUCUUUUUAAUGUUAACAAUGUUACUCUGUUAAAAAAUUACAUAAAUAUCUGUUACUAUGAAUAACAGAAUGUAAAGUAUUCAUUGGGAAAGGAGGAGGCGAGAACCGGCUUUUCAAUAUAAAUAAUAUUUUAAGGAUAAACUUAAAAAAAACACACACACACGACGGACAUGUCUGUAAACAAUCUCUCUCUCCCGCACAAUUCUCUGCAGUCGGCCUUUAUCCCUCUCGAAGGCUUGAUUAGCCUGAUAAUGGACCGGGUGUGUAUAAUCACGACCCGACCCCGUCCCCCGCCCUGCCACACAGAACAAUAAAUAUUUUCCUUUAUUUGAGGUUACAAAAUCUCAGGUUUUAUAUAUUGAGCCUCUAAAAGUUUAAAUGUAAUUUUGAUUCUUUGAAAAUAAAC